UCCAGCUGGGUGACUCGGCUUCCCCGUGCGCUAGGAUCCUACUGGUGACAGUCAGAAGAUUUAUUUGAGGAGUUUCACAAAAUGGACAACAUGGAUCUAAAGGAUUUUUGCCUGAGUGAAAAUUUUCACUUUCUCAACCAGCACACUCACCUGUUAAACUCAUCUACAACCGAUGAUUCCCAGUCCGCUUGCGAGCCAUCUGUAAAAGCGGACUCUCCGAGCCCCACUUUUCCCCUGGACAGCACCACGCCGUUCAGCCCGGGUUCCACCUCGGACAGCAGCGGGUACAGUUUGUUCUCGCAGGGCCACUCGCUGGAUCCGGAUUCCCCGAGUUCGAGCAGCAACGGCAGCGGAGGCGGCGCGGCGCCCGACUCCUGCAGCGCCCCGCACUUUCACUCCGAGAGAGCCUUGCCGCUGCCGUCCCACGCAGACUCCAUCCUCAAGUGCGACUACAUGGCCGCGCUCAACUCAGGACCCAAACGACUCUGUCUGGUGUGCGGCGACUUCGCGUCCGGUUACCACUACGGAGUAGCGUCUUGUGAGGCGUGCAAAGCCUUUUUCAAGAGAACCAUUCAAGGCAACAUCGAGUAUAGCUGCCCGGUGAUGAACGAGUGUGAGAUCACCAAGCGGAGGAGGAAGUCUUGCCAGGCAUGCCGCUUCCAGAAGUGCCUGCGGGCUGGCAUGAUGAAGGAGGGUGUUCGAAUGGACCGUGUUCGAGGUGGCCGCCAGAAAUACAAGCGGAGGGUGGACUCUGGCCUGUCCGUCUACAUCAAACCACCCUACUCACAUCCAGUCAAAUCCACAAGAAACAAAGUCAUUUCUCAGCUUCUCGUGAUGGAACCAGCCCCGGUGUGUGCCAUGCCUGACACCACCACCCCGGACAGUGACCUCAAAACCCUCAUGACCCUGUGUGACCUCCUGAAUCGGGAGUUGCUUGUCAUGAUUGGCUGGGCAAAGCACAUCCCAGGCUUCUCUGCCCUCUCGUUGGUGGACCAGAUGGCCCUGCUGCAGAGUGGUUGGAUGGAAACCCUGGUUCUGUCUGUGGUGUCGCGCUCCAUUGGUUUCUCUGAGGAGCUGGUGUUCGCCGAGAACCUGAGAUUGGACCGGGCCCAGUGCAGGGCAGCAGGACUCCAGGACCUCUACACGGCGCUCCAGCACCUGAUAACCAAGUACCAGCAGAUGAACCUCAGCCAGGAGGAAAUGGUCACGCUAAAAGCUAUGGCCCUAGCAAACUCAGACGCGGGAAGCGUGGAGAACACCGAGGCCGUGCAGCGCUUCCAGGACGGGCUGCACGAGGCCCUGCAGGAGUAUGAGGGCUCCCAGCACCCCGGAGAGCCCCACCGCGCCGGCAAGCUGCUGAUGACCCUCCCCCUGCUGCGUCAGACGGCCAACCGUGCCGUGGACACCUUCUGCCGGCUGCACCUGGAGGGCCGGGUGCCCAUGCACAAACUCUUCCUGGAGAUGCUUGACGCCAAGAUGUGACCGCUAGCGCACUCGUGCAACUUCCUGUUUUUCAUCACACCAACACACAGUCACAUUAGAUUGGGGGGGCGGGCAGUGUUUUGUUCACCGGUUGCCCCAUUGUCUUUGGCCCAGAGGCUCUAUGGUGGAUCAUCAGGUAAAUAAAACAACUCCCCACCUCUGCAAAAAGACAGUUUUACGCAACAGUUUACAUUACAUU